UGCCCUGACAAGUUUGCAGCUGCUGGGUCAUAGCAGGUUACACAUCCGACAGUACUGUAGGUGAGGUAGCUACUACUAGAGAUGGGAUCGCAGUUUCAUACUUGAUGUAGUGUCUCAGGUAUCACAAGCGCUACUAAUGGAGAAGACGACAGUGGAGUUGUGCUCCUCACAGAUGGUACUAUGCUUCAACCGGCUGGCCUUACGAGGCUCCAAUGUUCCCGUACCGGACGCAUUUCCUCCCACGCCUCCUGUCACCCCUCCAGGAGAUCAUCACUCCGCCAGUCCUCUUCCUCCGAAUCCUCCAAAUCCUCCGAGUCCCGCUCUUCUUCGUGGACCUGUUAACAGUAUUAGAAAGAAAGAAAACAUACAGCAUGAAAUGGUUUGAGGAUCAACUUGCGUCACUCUCACCCUCCAUCCCCUCCAGGGCAGACACACCGCCAUCUUCCUCAUUGCACAAUCUCAUCGGCAUCCACCCAAAGCGGCUCGC